UUUCUGUUGCUAUGUGUGAGGCAGUACGGAAAAGCCUUUGUUUAGUUUCGGGUCUCACAAGCGGUCUGUAGCGGUUUUAAUUCCUCAUUUCCGCCGCGUAGAAGUAUUUAAGCACUUCUUGGUUUUCAAGCUCUCCUUCAGAACAGGACAUGUAUUUCUAAAGCUCUCUCCGUGCAAACAGGACUCAUGGAACCGAGUAACGAUGUGGCGCUGGAUAUCAUCAUCACAAACGUGGUUUCCGUCUUCAGGACCAGGUGUCAUUUAAACCUGCGCACCAUCGGCCUGGAGGGGACCAACGUCAUCUACAGACCGGAAGUCGGGAAAGUCCUGAUGAAGCUCCGUAAACCUCGCAUCACUGCCUCUAUAUGGUCCUCAGGGAAAAUCAUUUGCACUGGAGCAACAAGUGAGGACGAGGCGAAAGUGGGUGCCAGGAGGUUAGCCCGCUGCCUCCAGAAGAUCGGAUUCAAGGUUAGGUUUUCAGAUUUUAAGGUUGUAAACGUCCUGGCAGUGUGCUCCAUGCCUUUUCAAAUCCGUCUCAUCGAGUUCACCAAGAACAACCGUCCCAUAGCCAGCUAUGAGCCUGAAAUUCAUCCAGCUGCUUCAUACAGAAUUAAAACCCUUAGGACCACAGUGCAGGUGUUCUCCACAGGCAACAUCACAGUGACAGGACCAAAUGUUCAGAGUGUUGCUUCAGCUGUGGAACAGAUUUAUCCUCUAUUGUUCGAGUGUCAGAAAAAAAUGGUGUAAAAAACGCACAGACACACACACAGUCUGGAAGAAACUGAAAAAGCACCUUAAAAGUGAAUGUGUUUUAAGACUCUAAACCGUCGGCCUCGUCGUUGUGUAGUAUCCGAACAUUUUAAUCAAACAUAAUUUUAGUGCAUGGACACCAAAGUCGAUGAAAAAGCUGUUUUUUUUUCUGAAACGCUGGAGUUUGACAGAAAACUGAAGCUGGCUUUAGUAGAGCGACACCGAGGACGAGAGCAGCCGCACUGAACAGGAUGUGAUGUAAAAUUUACCUGCUGCAUUCUGCACUCUGGUUCAUAAGGCAGUCUGCAGGUUACGUGUUUAUGUAAUAUGUUCCCAUUUUGUAUUUUAUAAUAAAGAAUAAAUAAAAUAACCAAUAUUAUCCCUUUCUUUGUUCAGUGAACUUGUAAAUACAGUGGUGUAGAGAAAUGUAAAUAAAUGAGAAAUGUCUGUUUUUAA